CGACACCCUUCAUCGUACGCUCCCACUUCCACCCCGCGCACAUUCACCAACCCAACAACGCUGAUUACACAGCAGCAACACCGCCAACAUGUCCGGCAUUCCUCCGUCUCCUCGCUUCUACCAGCAGCCGCUGCGCUACCUCAAGUGGGCCUCGAUCAACAAGCCUGCGUACUUCUACAGCAUCAUCGUUGGAUGCGCCGGUCCGAUUCUGGUCUUCACUGUGCCGUCUAUCAGGAGGUAUUUGGGCGAGGAGCCGAUUUCGAAGAUUCCGCUCACAUACCCGAUUCCGAAGGGUCAGAGACCGAGGCCGACUGGGUUUGACGACGAGUAGAGAGUAGGAUAGAAGCAUGAGUGGGAGGGAGGACAAGAAGAAGAAAUGCGCUACAAUACCACUGGUGGGCAAGGCAUGAGAAAAGGAUGGGUUGAAGAUCAUUGAG